CGUACACACAAUUUUGUCGUGAUUUCUUUUAUUUGUUUAAAAAUAAUAUUACAAAUACUGUUCAAGUGCAUAGCAAAAAUGUACAAGAGUGUGUUGAGUGUUUUGCAUACGUGUGCGCACAGUUUGGCGCAAUAGGAAUAGCGAAUAUUCGCCAGCCAAACGGAAAAGACAACAAAUUGUUCGCUGAGAGAGGGAGGAGAGAGAAUUUUAUGCUGCGAGCGAGAGUUAUUUAUUUCAUAAGAAAUUUGUUAAUCAAACUGCCAAAAUGGAGCGGCGCGUAAAACUAAAGACUAUUAAUCCACACAUAACGUGUAAAAUAUGCGGUGGCUAUUUCAUAGAUGCGACUACAGUGACCGAGUGUCUGCACACAUUUUGCAAAAGCUGCCUGGUCAAACACUUGGAGGAGAAAAAGACAUGCCCCACCUGCGACAACAUUAUACAUCAAUCACAUCCGCUGCAAUACAUCAGCUUCGAUCGCACCAUGCAGGACAUUGUGUACAAAUUGGUGCCAAAACUUCAAGAAGAUGAGUCGCGGCGCGAACGUGAUUUCUACAAGAGCCGGAAUAUGCCAUGUCCGAAGGAUAUAACGCAAAAUCACGAUGACGACAACGAGAAGGUGAUGGAUGCGCAUGCCGAAUCCGACUUCCACCGUCUCGACGAACAGGUCAACGUGUGCCUCGAGUGUAUUAGCAAUAACUUUAAGAAUCUGCAAAGACGCUUUAUACGCUGCAGUUCGCAGGCGACGAUAACGCAUCUCAAAAAGCUCGUCGCUAAGAAGAUACUCAACGGAAUCGAAAAAUAUCGGGAGAUCGAUAUACUGUGUAAUGAGGAGCUGCUGGGCAAGGAUCACACGUUGAAAUUUGUCUAUGUGACACGUUGGCGCUUUCGUGAUCCACCGUUACGGCUGCAAUUUCGUCCUCGUGUCGAGCUUUAACACAAGCAAAUGCAAAAAUGAUCUAUAUAUAUAUUUUUUUAUAAUUUAUUGACAUAGUGCUCUAUUAUAUAUAUGAAUAUAUAUUUAUAUAUAUAAAUAUGAAUCUUAGGAGUUCCCCUAGUGUUAGUUCUCUCUAAAA